UCUUCUCUCUAGCCCAAAACCAUCCCCCUCGAUCCUCUCCUUCCCUCUCUUCACUCUCUCUAAACAAACUACCAUGGCCAUCAUUAACACCAAGACCAUAAUAGUCUCUCUUUGCACACUGAGCUUGGUGUUCAUCUUCUCUCCACAACUCUCUUUCUCCUCCUCAAUCCACGACCUGCUUAUCUCAAAAGGGCUACCAGCUGGUCUACUCCCGAAGGAAGUGAAGUCCUACACUGUGUCUGAAGAUGGCUACUUGGAGGUGUUUCUUGAUGGUCCAUGCUUGACCAGAUAUGAGAACAGGGUCUUGUUUGAAAGUGUAGUGAGGGCUAAUCUCACUUAUCUUAGUCUUUCAGGAGUUGUUGGCUUGUCUCAAGAAGAACUCUUUCUUUGGCUACCAGUGAAAGACAUCACAGUUGAUGACCCAAGAUCAGGACUUAUUUUGUUUGACAUUGGGGUUGCUCAUAAGCAGCUGUCCUUAUCACUCUUUGAAGAUCCACCUAACUGUAAGCCUCAAGGUGAGUCGAAGAAUCAUGCGAGGAAGGAGAGAGGGUUUGAGGCUGUGAGAUAGAAGAUGCAUGCCAUGCUGUUUCAACUUUGUCAUUUUCCAUGGAAUGUUUUGUUUAAUGAUUCCAUAAUAUAAUCUUAGAUUAGAUUAGAGGUUUUGUUAGUUAUAUAAAGUAUAAAAAUGGCAAUCAUGGAAUCUGGUGUCCUUAUCAAAUUACAGGUUAUAAUCUUCUAACUAUUUGUUAA